AUGAAUCAAGAGAGACUAUGUACUCCUAAAGAUGCAGUUUACGUUGUGUACCUCAUUUACUUAUCAUUAGCAUUAUACACGUCACUUUCGUUCCCCUGGUAUACCCUUACAACAUGUGUCAAUGGGGACUGUGACUCUCUCCGUUUCGAAAAAAUGAUCUAUUUUCAAAUCAAACAUUAUCAAGUCUCUGGUUAUACAGCAUCGCGAACUAAGUUUGAUGUUAGCUAUAAUCUCAACUAUGCAUGCUUUGUAUUUGCAAUUGGAGGUAUAAUUAUCACAAUGCUUCGGGUUACUGCCAAGAAAUUUGGCAUGGCAACCAAAUAUUAUCGAACCUUUAAAAAUGCAUCUAUAUGGUAUCGUUAUGGAGCUCAAUUACCACUGAUUAUUUUAUCAGCGUCUUCUUGUUUCAACUUUAUCAGUUUCAACAAGACUCUUUGCAACAAUGAGAAUAAUGGAUCGUCGAGUAUUAGCAGUGGUCAACAAAAUAGUAGUAGUGAUGGUGAUGACAUUUGUAACAAAUUUGAAGGAUCUAUCCUAUACUAUGAUGGUAGAAUACCCAUUUGGAAAGAAUGGGGACCAUAUAUUGGAUUCUAUGCAACAGCUGCAUCUGUAGUCUUUGUCAUAUGUUAUAUUAUCAUCCUUGGCGUCUUUUUUAUCCAUAGAUCCAAAUCACCCAAACCUUCCGGUACCCAUACCCAUUCUUCUCCUUCUUUUUCUGGGUACAUCAAUCUCAACGAACAAUUAUAA